AUGGAGUGGACCAAACAACAAAACAUUCUCAGAGAUCUUUGUUCUGGGCGUUGCAGUUACAUUCAAUUUGCACCUUGUGCACCAAGCUACUUGUAUGCAAAGUAUUUUGCAUCAACCUUAUGGGAAAGAGUAUGCAAGGAGGAUCCAUUGUCAUUAGAGACUGGUACUAUUAUUAGAAAAAAGUUACUGCAACAUGGUGGAUCUAAAGAUCCUACACAGUUACUUAAUGAUCUUGCUGGUGAUGGUAUUACAAGGAGCUACCAAAAUCAAGGACAUGGAGGAGGGGCUGAACCAACACAUAUGUUAUUGCUGUUGUUGUAUCUGAUUCUUUUUGAUUCAUUGUCUACAAGACACUUCAAGGAGAUGUUCAUGCAAAAUGGUUUGAUUGAUGGACAUGGAGGAGGUCUAGGAUCUUACCCUAGGCCUACGGCACACCCUCCCUCACCCUCUCUCACUACUCAACGUUUAAUACAUGAACAACAGCCAAGUUGUGUCAGCUUACGUGUAAUUUGUGUUGCUGACAGAGAAAAGGAAGCUACCAUGGAAGAAGAAAGGCGAAAGGAGGAGGAGGCACGGAUUAAGUUAGAAGAAGAGUAUCGAUCGCGUAGGAGAAUCACACAAGUGUCAUCGCCUCUAUUCUCUGCUAGUCGAUCACCACCGCCGGUUGAUCACCACCUCCAGUCGACUUCCACCCAUUGCAUCAGAAGAAGAUCAUAUACGGUACACCAAGCUGCUGCAACAGCCUAUGGUGCCUUGUGUGCAGUCUUAUGUUCACUCCUUAUUGGGUCAAAUGGAAGACAAAACCAUGUAAUUCUUAGAAAUUUAGUUGAUAGAUUUAUAGGAUGGGCAUUGUCAUUGUUUAGCAAUAUUAAUGUUGGUGAUGGGAUAGUGGAACUUGCAGCAGAAGGUCUUCAUGAAUUCCUCAAUGUUGCAGAAGGUCUUAAUGCUGAUUAUUUCUUCGGAUCAAGUUUAGCCGAAAGUUCUACCUAUGCAGAUUUAAAGGUUGAAGUAAUACUUGAUAAGUCUAUGAAGAUCAAUAACAUUACAGAUGCCAAAAUUGAAGCCACACUAUUUGAUAUCAAUACCAAUGAGGGUUCCAAUCUGCUAUCAACUAACGUGGCCAGUUUGGAGCUUCAGCAGCCCCCUCAUUUUCCUUUAGGGUUUCAUGGGUAUCGAUUAGAAGGAAAACUGAAAAAUCCCAAGCUUUGGUCUGCAGAGCAACUAAAUCUGUAUACAUUAGUUGUCACCCUGAAAGAUGCAUCAGGCAACAUUAUUGACUGUGAAUUAUGUCUAAGUAGGCAAGGAGGGGGUUACUCAAGGAAAAUUCAAAUGGUAGCAAAUAUUGGGCAUAUGGAGGGUCUGCUAGAAGGAUUGGAGAUUGCAGCUAAGCUUCUAUUUAAGACUUCACGCCAAGGACUUGAUGAAUUAAAGAUAUCAUAUUUUGGCAUGGCUAGAAGCUUUGGAGGAAACGAGACUCAAGCAAAAGUAAACACAUAG